AUGAACGGCGCUCUCGUCGACCCGGCCCAAUGCUUCUCCCACCUCGUCGAACACAUUCCCAUAUGGUUGACUCGAGUCACGGAGCUGGCCUCUCAUACAGCAGCCAAACACGCCGAGUUUGCUGCGGAAUACACCCGCUUAUCCAAGCUGAAGCCUCGACAGCGAAGACGGCGAAACAGCUCCCUCAAUACCAACAAAGGAGAAGAGGACCAGCGCUCAGUAAACUCGAGAAACAGACCUUCCUCCGGUUCUACUUACAGACACUUCGACGCACAAGAUCCGUUCCGGGAUUCCUUGAUAUUCAAACGGCUCACCCGUCAGAAUAACCAAGACGCCAUAAACAAGAAAAGAAAACAGCAGGACAGCGCUUCUUCUGCACCUUCGGACGCUGACAGCUGUCUAGCCCGCCGGGUUCGCCAGCAGGUUGUUAUACACUAUGAUUCUCAGACACAGACAGUGCUUGAACGCCUCGUUCGUGACAUAGGUGGUGCUCGCAACCAGAUCCGAAAAGGACGCAUGAACUACAUGAUGAAAGUCGACUUCAGCCGUCGAGCUUUACCUUCCCACUUAUUCCCAGCCGGAGGCCCGGACGAUGACGAAAACACCCUCACCUUACCGCCGCAUCGAUCCUUUAGGAGGUCUCGAAGUACACAUUUUGAUCCAAAACCUGGUACCAACGGAACAGACACUAAAAGUACGACACCCGCGAAACAGACAGCUUCCGCCUUUGACACGACAGACAAACAGCUAGAGGUUGCCCAGAGUUUAUGCGAGACGGCAGCGCACCAAUUCCUACGAAACGGAGACUGCUCUAGAGAGCUAAACAAGACAGUAGAGCGACUUAACGCCGCGCUGGAACUGGCCCAGGCCGAAGGGACCCGACUCAAGGCUGAGAAGGAAGCGGAGAAGCUACGCCAGCAGGCUGAAGAGGAGGAACAGGAAAGCAAAAGUGACCGCACGGUCGUUGAAACGGUUGGACCUGCAGGUUCCGAUGCACACAUGCAGGCCGACACCCUCCAACCUGUGAAGAUGAAGAUGGACAUGAAUGUGAACGGAGAUGCAAAAGCGCCGCCGGAGAUGAUGGGGGCUAUCGAGGUGGACGACGGGUCAUCGACAUCGUCUAUAUCCAUCGACCUCGCUGCAUUUCGGCGACGGAGGUUCAAAGCGUAA